AUGGCCUUUCCUAGCCAGCCUUUGGCUCACCUGACGGGCUCAAACGGCCCUAUUCAUGCGGUGACGUACUCUGCAUCUCCCGGCACCUACAUCCUCACCGGCUCCGCAGACCGCACUAUUCGCCUGUACAACCCGCAGCCCAGCUCCUCCGCGCCCAGGACCGCCGCCGAGGCGUCCCUCGCCUCAUCGGCCAGCCUGCCACAGGGCCGUCUCAUCCAGUCCUACGAGGCGCACGGCUAUGAAGUGCUGAGCCUCGCCGUAGCCGCGAGCAACCAGGCCUUUGUCUCGGGCGGCGGCGACCGCGCCGUCUUCCUCUGGGACGUGCCCACGGCGACGACGACGCGGCGCUUCGGCGGCAGCAGCAGCCACGGGCACACGUCGCGCGUCAACUGUGUGGCCUACGCGGGCGAGACCGACAACGUCGUCGUCAGCGGCGGCUUCGACACGACGGUGCGCCUGUGGGACGCGCGCAGCGGCAGCGCCAAGCCCAUCCAGGUGCUCGACGAGGCGCGCGAUAGCAUCACCUGCCUGGCGGUGCGCGGGCCGGAGGUCGUCGCGGGCAGCGUCGACGGCCGCGUGCGCAGCUACGAUGUGCGCAUGGGCACCUGCACGACCGACGUGGUCGGCGGCCGCAGCGGCGUCACGAGCGUCACCCUCACGCGUGACGGCCGCGCCAUGCUCGUCGGCAGUCUCGACAGCAAGCUCCGGCUCAUGGACCGCGACGACGGGACCUGUCUCCGCGCGUACGCCGACGGCGGCUGGCGCAACGAAGAGCUGCGGCUGCAGUCGAUGCUGGGCGCGAGGGAAAAGUACGUGCUCGUCGGCGACGAGAUGACAGCAGUGGAAGAGGAGGCACGGCCGGGCGAGGGCAGGGUUUUGGCGUGGGACCUGCUGAGCGGCAGGCUCGCGGGCAAGGUGGCGGUGCCGUGGGGCCCCGAGGGCUACGAGGCGCGGAAAAGGGUCGUGGGCAGAGACGGCAAGGAAAAGGCGAGGAAGAAUGUAAUUAGUUGCAUGGCGUGGAAGGAGGACGGCUGGGGAGACCAGUUUUGCGUGGGAGGCACUUCAGGCAUUGUUACUGUGUUUGCCGCAUGA